CUUUUAUUGCUGUAGUUUAUUUCCACCCCCUUCCCUCCUGUUCUCUCUCUCUCUCUCUCUCUCUCUGUCUCUCUCUCUCUCUCUUUCUUUUUUUUUCCGCCCUAGCUGGGGCUGUGUUGGAGGAGAGGAAGAAAGGGAGACAGAGGAUUGCAUUUGUCCCUUACGUUCCUGAAAUCUGCAGCCAGCAAGACCGGCUAAGCGGUUGCACAUUUUUCAAUUCUGAAAAAAAAAAAAAAAUACCACGUCCCCUUUCCUGGCAAUUUUUGCUUUGAAGUUGCCCUCUUGAAAUUAAUUUUUUUUCCCAGGAGAGAGAUGUCUUAUCAGGGGAAGAAAAACAUUCCACGCAUCACGAGUGAUCGUCUUCUGAUCAAAGGAGGUAAAAUUGUUAAUGAUGACCAGUCGUUCUAUGCAGACAUAUACAUGGAAGAUGGGUUGAUCAAGCAAAUAGGCGAGAACCUGAUUGUGCCAGGAGGGGUGAAGACCAUAGAAGCCCAUUCCCGGAUGGUGAUCCCCGGAGGAAUUGAUGUCCAUACGCGUUUCCAGAUGCCCGACCAGGGAAUGACGUCUGCCGAUGACUUCUUCCAAGGAACCAAGGCAGCCCUGGCUGGAGGAACCACCAUGAUCAUUGACCAUGUUGUUCCUGAGCCUGGGACCAGCCUGCUGGCCGCGUUUGACCAGUGGAGGGAAUGGGCCGACAGCAAGUCCUGCUGUGACUACUCUCUGCACGUGGACAUCACCGAGUGGCAUAAGGGCAUCCAGGAAGAGAUGGAAGCCUUGGUGAAGGACCACGGGGUGAAUUCCUUCCUCGUGUACAUGGCUUUCAAAGAUCGCUUCCAGCUAACAGAUUCACAGAUAUAUGAAGUAUUGAGCGUGAUCCGGGAUAUUGGUGCCAUAGCCCAAGUCCACGCAGAAAACGGCGACAUCAUUGCAGAGGAACAGCAGAGGAUCCUGGAUCUGGGCAUCACGGGCCCCGAGGGACACGUGCUGAGUCGACCCGAGGAGGUCGAGGCGGAGGCCGUGAACCGUUCCAUCACCAUCGCCAACCAGACCAACUGCCCCCUGUACGUCACCAAGGUGAUGAGCAAGAGCUCGGCCGAGGUCAUCGCCCAGGCCAGGAAGAAGGGAACCGUUGUGUAUGGCGAGCCCAUCACCGCCAGCCUGGGAACCGACGGCUCCCACUACUGGAGCAAGAACUGGGCCAAGGCCGCCGCCUUCGUCACCUCCCCACCCUUGAGCCCGGAUCCGACGACUCCAGACUUUCUCAACUCCCUGCUGUCCUGCGGAGACCUCCAGGUCACUGGCAGUGCCCACUGCACUUUCAACACUGCUCAGAAGGCCGUGGGGAAGGACAACUUCACCCUGAUCCCCGAGGGCACCAACGGCACCGAGGAGCGGAUGUCCAUCAUCUGGGACAAGGCUGUGGUCACGGGGAAGAUGGAUGAGAACCAGUUUGUGGCCGUGACCAGCACCAACGCAGCGAAAGUCUUCAAUCUUUACCCCCGGAAAGGCCGCAUCGCUGUGGGAUCAGACGCCGACCUGGUCAUCUGGGACCCCGACAGCGUGAAAACCAUCUCUGCCAAGACACACAACAGUGCUCUCGAGUACAACAUCUUCGAAGGCAUGGAGUGCCGCGGCUCCCCGCUGGUGGUCAUCAGCCAGGGGAAGAUUGUCCUGGAGGACGGCACCCUGCAUGUCACCGAAGGCUCUGGGCGCUACAUCCCCCGGAAGCCCUUCCCUGAUUUUGUUUACAAGCGUAUCAAGGCAAGGAGCAGGCUGGCAGAGCUGAGAGGGGUUCCUCGCGGCCUGUACGACGGACCUGUGUGCGAGGUGUCUGUGACGCCCAAGACAGUCACUCCAGCCUCCUCGGCCAAGACGUCUCCUGCCAAGCAGCAGGCCCCACCCGUCCGGAACCUGCACCAGUCUGGAUUCAGCUUGUCUGGCGCUCAGAUCGAUGACAACAUUCCCCGCCGCACCACGCAGCGCAUCGUGGCUCCCCCUGGUGGCCGUGCCAACAUCACCAGCCUGGGCUAGAGCUCCCGGGCCCCGUGCACUUAGGGAUGGGGGAUGAGACAGCUGAGGACAUUCUGAGACUUCCUUUCUUCCUUCCUUCCUUUUUUUUUUUUUUAAGAGCCUG